CUCCGUUGACUGGACCAUCAAAAAUUUGUGGUCUAAUGCCGUACCACUACAUCUCGACACAAAUGUCGAGACUAAUUGCGCUUCUUGACAUGCGACGAUGACAGUAGCUGCCUAGUUCUCUUCUACUUCUGUAUUCAUGGCCAAACCAUUCCUAUUUGCACUGCGCUCAAACGAGAAAUUCAUCAUCUUCACCUGCUCGAUCGCUGUCUUUACUGAUCUCGCACUCUACGGCAUUCUUGUCCCUGUUCUCCCAUUUGCGCUCGAAACACGCUACAGUAUCGCAGCAGACUCUGUGCAGUUGAAAGUAUCUGGUUCACUCGCAGCCUAUGCUGCCGGUCUCCUUGCCUUUUGUGGGCCAGUCGGUUGGCUCUCCGACAAGACAUCCUCGCGUCGCCCUUUGUUCCUCCUAGGCCUGAUUGCGCUGGUUGCUGCAACAUUGAUGUUGAUGCUCAGCCGUAGCUUUGCACUACUCAUUGCAGCGCGCAUUUUACAAGGUGCAAGUGCAGCUGUCGUCUGGGUUGUUUGUCUUGCCCUGCUGGUAGACACAGUUGGCCAUGAACGGAUCGGUCAAACGAUGGGCAUUGUUUCUAUUUCACUUGCUCUAGCACUGGGUAUCUCUCCGUUGAUUGGAGGUGCUCUCUAUGAAGCUGCUGGUUACUACAGCGUCUAUUACUUUUCUUUUGGCUUGUUGGCGCUCGACAUCUUCCUGCGACUCGUCAUGAUUGAAAAGCCUCGUAUCAAUACAACAUUGCAAGAACCCACGGAAGGACAGAUCAUCCAGCCUGUGGCCAGACGGAAGAGUCGAGUACCGACCUUGCUCAAGCUGCUCAAAUAUCCAAGAUUACUCGUUGGUUGCUGGAUUGGUCUGGUGGCUGCCAUCAUCUUUACUGCCUUCGACACCGUUCUACCACUCGAACUCCUCGACCUCUUUGGAUUUGAUGCAUUACAAUCAGGUGCCAUGUUUUGCUGUCUUGUACUACCAACAGUCAUCGCAGCACCCAUCGCUGGAUGGUGGAUCGAUAAACGAGGGCCAAAAAUCAUUACACUUAUUGGUAUCCUCCUUGAAAUUGUCUUUCUGGUGCUGCUUCGAUUGCCAAACAAGACGUCUCCAAGGACAGGACAGCUUGUUCUGUUUGUGGUUAUCCUGUGUUUAAAUGGCCUCGCUUGCAAUCUGUUCAUUCCAUCCUCCUUGGUGGAAAUUGCCCUUGUAGUGGAGGAGGAAGAACGACGCAAUCCUGGUCAAUUUGGUAAAGGUGGUGCGUAUGCACAAGCUUAUGCGCUCUACAACAUCUCCUUCAGUCUCGGGACGUUGAUUGGACCCUUGGCUGCUGCAGCCUUGCGAGAAAGAUAUGGAUUUGGGACCAUGUGUUGGGUGCUGAGCCUCUUUUGCGUGGUGAGUCUGCCUGUCACAUUCUUAUACUGUGGAGGUGACUGGAGAACACGCAUGUGGUCAGCAACUCGUGUCGCAAUGGAAGUUCCUCCAGAGACGGCAUCAUCGUUAGCAACGCAGGUGGACGUUCAGCUUGAGUCGAAGCGGUAGUACUUCUCGAGAUGCAAUUUGAUUCAUGGCUGGGAAGCACAGUUUCUAUGCAUCAAACUCUUUUCGCCAAGCUGCAUUAUCUGCCCGAGCCUUGAAUCACUCCUACCGCUUCAUCUAGAUACGGCAC